AUGGCUCCCUGGUACCACCCACUCGCGAGCCCACUCUUCCUGACUGGCGUCAUCAUCAACGCCGUCCUCGCCUUCUUUUUCCCCUGUGCGGUCAGAAACCGCGGCCCUGGGGUUUGGGUCCCCAUACUUGUCACCAUGUUGAUCGUGGGCGCCGUGCAAGCCGCCUAUGGUAAGUCAACUCUAUGCGUUACGUCCGACAUCUCUAAUAUAGUUCUUGUAGUUUUGGUGUCCCUGUGCAUCGAGCAACCAGCCAUCGACCCACUCGCCCUCGCCGUGCAGACCGGCAAUCCUAUGGUCGAGGUGGAGCCAUUUGGCAUCUCCAGCUCUGAUGAAGACAACAACAGUAGGCAGUAG